CAACCGAUUACAGUCCACAGAGCCGACAUUUUGUUUCUCAUCGUAGCCAACAACCGCAACGUCGUCGUCUCUUCGCGAAUUGCUGGAACGAAGAAACCCUUGGCCUCUUCCUUUGCGCUGCUGCUGGUUCUGGUGGCUCUCUUGGUGCAGCGACGUCGAAAAUCUUCCCCGUCUUGCGAACCACUCGAUUUGUCGGUCGUGUAAAGUAAUCAGAUCCGGAUUCUUAGUGAACGGCAAAAACCCCUUUUUUUUUCUUGCUGCGGACGUGUCCAGAGCGUUUUUGUGUGCAGUGUGAGAAAGAAAGGAAAACGCAAACAGCCACACAAGGUGGACAGUGUUUCCGGAGUGUGCGGACGAAGAAGAGCUAGUUCCAGUUUCUUCGGAAGGACGGUUUUUUUUUUUCUUUGCUGCGUUGGAACCAGCCCUCGGAAGAAAGAGAAAAGUGAUAUGUAUUGAAAGGAUCGGGUCGUGUUCUAAGUAGAGCAAGAAGAAAAUCAUUGUUCUGGAUUUUGUUCAUCCCGCAGUAGGUGGAAUCGGCGAGCCGGGGGAAAUCCCGAGAAGGAAUAUAAUAAUUGCUGUGUUUUUUUAAGAAGAAAUCGUAACCAAAUACCUGGAUCAUUUGGAUUAAUAGCAUUAGAGGAAAGCAACAGGAACCAUGGGUACCCGCGAUGAUGAAUAUGAUUACUUAUUCAAAGUUGUACUGAUUGGAGACUCCGGCGUCGGUAAAAGUAAUCUGUUAUCGCGAUUCACUAGGAAUGAAUUCAACUUGGAAUCGAAAUCAACCAUAGGAGUAGAGUUUGCUACUAGAAGUAUAGAGGUCGAUGGCAAAACAAUCAAAGCCCAGAUAUGGGACACGGCCGGCCAGGAACGCUACCGAGCGAUUACGUCCGCGUAUUAUCGGGGCGCGGUCGGGGCACUGCUCGUAUACGACAUAGCUAAGCACCUAACGUACGAGAAUGUGGAACGGUGGCUGCGUGAACUGCGCGACCAUGCCGAUCAGAACAUUGUGAUCAUGCUGGUCGGCAACAAGAGCGAUCUGCGGCAUCUACGUGCGGUGCCUACGGAUGAGGCGAAGGGAUUCGCCGAACGGAACGGCCUCAGCUUCAUCGAAACGUCGGCGCUGGAUUCGACCAAUGUUGAAACUGCAUUCCAGAACAUACUCACAGAAAUCUAUCGGAUUGUCUCGCAGAAGCAAAUCCGAGAUCCCCCGGAAGGAAGCGUAAUCAGACCGAACCUGGAAAACAUCGACGUGAAGCCGACCAAUCCAGCGACCGACUCGGUGCGAAAACAAUGUUGCCAGUGACCGCCACAAGCAGAAACAACGCGAUCUGUUUUUAGUUCUGCUACAACAACAACAACAACUAGAACUACUACUGCAAUUGCACCUACUACUACUACUACUACUAUUACUACUAUUAUUAUUACUGCUGCAGCGACAGCGUCGUCAACAACAACAACAUCAAAGAAGCUCUUUCUCGAUAGUAAUAAUAGACCCGGUAAUACGCUUUUGAUUUGAACAUGAAACCCAAAAACUAAGCAACAUGAAAUGAAAUGUUAUUGAUUAACAACCCUCCCCAUUACCUACUAAAGAUACAAAGCAGAAUAAAGUAGUCAAAUUGGGAAAUAAACUAAGAGGAAUACCAGCUAAUUAAUUAACACAUACUACUAUUAUCCCUCCUUAAAACGAAAAAUCAAAUGACAAAAAAAAACCUUUUCAGCAGUACUAGAUGUCAAAUUUUCCAUCGAGUAAUCAUCGUUGGACACACGAUACUUGUUGUUUGAGAGAAACCGAAGAGUGCUAAUCCCCAUUUUUGUAUUCUCAAUUAUGACUGUUCCCUUUAAAAUGAAAACCUAGAGCGCAUGAAUCGCCAACAAAAAUCGUUAAGUUAUUUUGUUCAUGAUUGGAAAAUAAUUGAUGUUUCCACGCCUAUGAAAAAUUGCACACACCUUAGAGAUACUACAACUCUGAUUCACAGACACACUCGAUGGGCUGAUUAAGACAAGCAAAAAUGAUUCACUUUUUCCCGUUUUCUGUUACAAAUUAUUUUCUAGUGAUAGAUAUUCAAGCCGGUUUGACAUAUUUCUUACAAAAAGUAUACAUACACACACACACACACACACACACACACACACACACACUGCAGUAAAGCAACGCAAACCAGCUAGUAGAAAUUUCGCUUUAGUGAAUUUAAAAGCUGCUUUGAUGCAACACAGAAGACGUAAGAUUGAGAGUGUCCUGGAUCGGGACACUCGCAUGCGAUGGAUGGAAAGAAGGCACGCAAAUAAUGAAAAAAAAAACAGCAAAACUGGGCUAGAAAAAAUGCAGUAAAAGUCGUAUAAGAACAUUAAUAGGUGAUAUGCUGAGAAGAAUGAAGUUUAUUUUAAAUUAAUUAUGAUCAAAAUGGUAAUACAAAUAAAAUUCACUUGGAGAGUAAACAAAGUGA